AACACGAAAAAGGAAAAAAAAAUAAUUAAAAAAUCGUCGUUCUCGCUUGAUCUCCGAUCAUCUUAUUUGUUUCUCGAACGCGAACUCUCAGAAUAGCAAAGCAAAUCAAGUUUAGCGAUCGACAUUUGUUUCUACUUUCAGGAAUUGUCCAGAAUAACUUGUUUGGACUCAUUUGGACUCGAAUCAACUCAUCAAUUCACUCGGUUGGGACUAUUGCUCUUCUUGCCUUGACAGGAUUGCUAAUUUAUAUGGUUUUCUUUAUCUUGACAAGUGACAACUAUCAAUGCUGUGUUGUAGUCUCUCUUCUCAUGCCUUUAGCAGCAGUAGAUGGAUUCUUUACUUAUUUAAUAGGCAUUUAUGUUGGGCCUAGGAUCGCUAGUGUUGCGAAUGCUAUUGUUUAGAGUCAUUUAUCUGAAGUGGUUUGUGAUUUUAUUUUGUUUGGUUUAAGACUUGGAAGUUGAAGUUUUGGUUCAGUGAUCCAUGAUAGAUCACAUUACUAGGCUAUCAGAAAGAUUGUAAUACUCAGAACCUUUUGUUUAGUGUAUAUUGGAAUUGGGUGGGGAUUGGGGUAUUUUUUUAAUACUCCGUGGGGUCAGGGUCAGGAACAAGGGCAGAGAGCAGAGGGUGAAGUCUGGCUUCCCUGUUGACAUCAUUAACAAAUAACUAUGCAGCCAUUAUUCUCAUAUUGAUAAAAUUUCACAUAAAUUAUUAUGGACUGCACUCUGGAAUUGUUUACUUUCAGCUGUAAUACUACUAAUGAAUUUAAACUCGGAGGUUUCAUUCUGCUGCAGAUGUUUCCAUCAGCAGAAAGAAAUCAUUUCUUUUCCAUCUUGUAUACGCUUUUGAUUGUUGCACAAAUCUUUCUGUUUGUAUUAGUCUGACAUUUUGAAGCAUAAUUGUAAUAGACUUGUGGAAUUUUGAUAUGCUAACGAUGCUUUUUACUUAUUCUGUAUGGAUUUUGUAUUUUUGUUUGCUCGUACCUUCUUUAGGUUUGAGAGGUUUGAUGGAAUUUGGUGUUAUUUCUCUAAAGGGAUGGCAAAAAUUAGAGAUAGAACUGAGGAUUUCAAAGACACUGUCCAUCGAACGGCUGUGUCUCUGGGGUAUGAUGAGUCCAAAACAGCAGCCAUAUUAGCAUCCUUUAUCUUGCACAAACCUCGACAAAGAUCGUCUUUCACCAAAGCUGCACUGAAGACGCUAGAAAGCAUUGGAGUCCUAGAAGAAUUCUUGUUGAAACAUAAGAAGGAUUAUGUAGAUUUGUACCGGACAACUGAACAGGAGAGAGAUAGCAUUGAGCAUGAAGUCACCAUUUUCAUAAAAUCAUGCAAAGAGCAAAUAGAUGUUCUCAAAAAUAGUAUAAAUGAUGAUGAUGAAGCAAAGUUGAAGGGCUGGAUUGGGUUCAAGGGUGAUAAUUCGAAUGCUGAUACAGUAGCACACAAACAUGGGGUGGUUUUGAUUUUAAGCGAAAAGCUCCACUCUGUCUCAUCACAAUUUGACCACCUGCGAGCCUUGCGCUUCCAAGAUGCUAUUAACCGGGUAGCACCAAGAAGGAAACCAAGACGGACCAGCAAAAGUAGUACAUCAGAGAUAUCUACAUCUAGCAACUUAGACCAGAGGCAGCAGAGUGAUUCCGAGGCCAGGGAUCCAAAUGGAUUGCAAUCUGAGCCUAUCAGAGUUCAGGAACAAUUUUUAGAUGACGAAACACGUGCCCUCCAGGUCGAGUUGACUGGUCUUCUGGAUGCUGUUCAACAAACAGAAACAAAGAUGGUGGAAAUGUCUGCAUUGAACCAUCUCAUGUCCACACAUGUUCUGCAACAGGCCCAACAGAUAGAAUAUUUGUAUGACCAGGCAGUUGAAGCUACAAAGAAUGUAGAGCUUGGUAACAAAGAGUUAACAAAGGCCAUUCAACGGAACAGCAGUAGCAGAACUUUUCUUUUGCUCUUUCUGUUUGUACUUACAUUUUCAAUUCUUUUCCUUGAUUGGUAUAAUUAGUUGGAUGGUAAAUUAUGAGAUAUCCAAUCACAAGGUCCUGUUCCAAUAUUUUUGGUCUUUGCAGUACGCGAUGUUAAUUAGUACAGUGAUAUUAAAAUGCCACAAUACUAUAUUGUUUUUAGUAACAGUAUUUUCUAUUUCAAAACAUUUAGAACAA